AUGUGGCCAGGAGAAGAGCGGCGGCCAGGCGGCUCUUGGAAAUUGGCAGCAGUCACUUGUCUGAUCCAUCCUUCUCUGCAUCUGUUCCACGAUGGCAGAUGGAGACUUUGGCCUCACCCCCUCCAUCUUCUUCUAAUGAUGCAGCGUGCCAAAGAAUAAUGUUCGUCUGUGUUGACUUUGGUUCGAUGUGAUAAACAUGCUUGUGCUGGUGAUGGUUGUCUUCGGUUCUUUUGAUGGAUUGUUUGGAAAGCCAUACGAUAAUAGAUUUUGUGUUAGAUCUGCACAUUCAAGUUAGAGAACAGUCGGCCACACACACCCUCAUCUUUUUCUUUUCAUACCACUAUAAAAGCUCCUCCCCUUAAGUCAUCAUGGACGUCCGCUUGCUUUCCUUUGCUCGAAUUUAGGAGCUUGGAGGAGAGUGGAGAUGGAAGGGAAAGAGGAGGAUGUGAGGCUCGGAGCAAACAGGUUCUCAGAGAGGCAGCCGAUAGGGACGGCUGCCCAGAACCAGGAAAAGGACUACAAGGAGCCACCUCCGGCUCCACUGUUUGAGCCAGCAGAGUUCUUCUCCUGGUCCUUCUACAGAGCUGGCAUCGCAGAGUUCAUGGCCACCUUCCUCUUCCUCUACAUCACCAUCCUCACUGUCAUGGGCGUGGUCAAGUCCACCACCAAGUGCUCCACCGUGGGCAUCCAAGGCAUCGCCUGGGCCUUUGGUGGCAUGAUCUUUGCCCUCGUCUACUGCACCGCUGGGAUCUCAGGUGGCCACAUCAACCCGGCCGUGACCUUCGGGCUGCUCCUGGCGAGGAAGCUCUCCCUGAACCGAGCUCUCUUCUACAUGGUGAUGCAGUGCCUGGGUGCCAUCUGCGGUGCUGGUGUGGUGAAGGGGUUUCAGAAGGGGCUCUACCAGAGCAAUGGUGGCGGAGCAAACGUUGUGGCUGCUGGCUACACCAAGGGUGAUGGCCUGGGUGCCGAGAUUGUUGGCACCUUCAUCCUUGUCUACACUGUCUUCUCUGCUACUGAUGCCAAGAGGAACGCUAGGGACUCUCAUGUGCCUAUCCUCGCCCCAUUACCUAUUGGUUUUGCCGUAUUCCUUGUUCAUCUGGCCACCAUCCCCAUCACCGGCACUGGCAUCAACCCUGCAAGAAGCUUUGGAGCUGCAGUUAUCUACAACAAGGACCAUGCUUGGGAUGACCAUUGGAUCUUCUGGGUUGGACCAUUCAUUGGAGCUGCUCUUGCUGCCCUCUACCACCAGGUGGUGAUCAGGGCAAUCCCAUUCAAGAACAGGACCUGAGCUACCCUGUCAAGUUCUCAUGGCCUCUCAUGCUGUGGCCACUGCUAUGUCUCUUUCAUCUAUCAUGUUUGUGGAUUUCCUCCACCAGGGUCUUUUCAGUUUAGUCAUGAAGAAAGAUUAGGUGAUGAAACAGGACCAUCUAAGAAAUAAAUCCAAAAUAUUAUGAUCA